GAAGACGUCCAGCUUCCUCAGGCUUGUCCAUUGAGAUGAGCCCUCGCAGUGUGCAAAUCAGCCGCAAUCUUGCUCUCACUUUCCACAGUUCACUUUCUUCGGUGGCAAUUUCUCCGCGGUUUAGCGGCUUCCGUGUGCGUUAGGCCUCUUGCAGUAGAAUGACAGAGCCAAGCAGGCGUCCUUAGAGAAGCUGCAGGGCAGAUUGGUGUGGCUCAGGGCUUUCAGGUUGGCCGGCAACUAAUGUGAACAGGGAUUGGUGUUCUGUGAAGCGUUGUGGGGGCGCUUCCUAGUAUCAGUCUCAUCAUCUCUCUUGGCCUUGUAGGAGCAAAUCAGAGCUGGCCCUUCAACUGUGUCGUCAUGGCAAGAGGCCGCCCUCAUGGCCGGUCCAAGUCUGACCACAGAGUUUGUCAGGCAGCUCGACAUGCGCGAGCUGCUGAGUACAAGGAGAGGAUCGCCAUCAGUGCUGAGCAGCAGGAGGCACGGAUUGCGGCGGUUAACGCAGAGUGCAACGAGGAAGAUGCCCCUCGUAGGCGGCGGGGCCAGAAGCCUGAGGAUCCGAAGACCAAGGCAUCAGCUGCUCGGGUGUCCGCACAGGGCCAUUCUUGCAAGGCAACUGGCAGUGGGAAAAAGAAAGCAAACAAGCGACUGGAACAUGCGCAUGGCAAAGCUGCACAAAGAGACCCGCACAAUCUUGACUGCCACGCGUGCGGCGCCACUGCAGAGUUCGGGCUGAGGGGAAGCAAGGAGGGGGGCAACGUCAAAUACUCCUGCAGGGUGCAUGCCACAUACAAUGGGUGCUUUCGAGUAGACCGAGACCGCGCAGCAUGGGUAGAGGACCGAGAGCUGCGCCACCUGAGAGCAGAGGAGAGAAGAUUGGAAGAGGAGUUGCGAAAUCUGGGAGGGACGUCGCCUGAUGCAAAACAGGGGUCAGCUCCAAACGAUGACCCCAAAAGCGAGGGGGAUUGGACUUCGGUGGCUAUGAGCAAGCCGCUCAUAACCACGCUCCUCAUGAUUGGUGGGAUUGAACAAAACCCCGGACCUACUCCUGACGAGAUUGCACAACUCGAGAAAGGCUGGCGGGAAGAAUGUCCAAACAUCAGGACCGCGCUUCUGGCUCACCUGACGCAGAAGGAUCUGGACGUAGAUACCUGGAAACGAGCGUCUGUUGAACAACGCAUGGAGUAUCUGACCGAAUGGAGAGCCACGUACUCAGGGCAAUGGGCAGACGGCUGGGAUCUACUCCUCAAAACGGUGCCAAGUAAGCAGCUCCCUCAACUAGAUGAGGAGGCUAGCUUUUAG